GACAGGGCUCUUCCCAACGAUCAAUACUAGCUCUCGACACUGCAGGAUCGACAGCAAUACUCUUUAUAUUACUUCAUUGCUUUACGAAAUUUGGUAUCAUGGCGACUCCGGCGAGUUCCAACGGACAGCAAAAGCCCAAUGCUGAGCUUGUGGCAAUUGCAGGCAUGGGAUGCCGAUGGCCCGGCGGCGUGGACUCUCCCCGUCAGAUGUGGUCCUUCUUGCGGAACCAAGGCUCCGGCUUCCGCCCCUUUGACUCCGCAUCCACGCCGCGAUGCUUCUCAGCCGCCGGGUUCUACCAUCCGAACCCGGGGCGGCCUGGUACGACGGCUACACAGGGUGCGUUUCUCGUCGACGGCGAUCCACGGUUAUUCGACCACGCUUUCUUCGGCAUAACGGGACGCGAGGCCGAGACUCUCGACCCCUCGCAGCGCAAGCUGCUCGAGGUUGUAUAUGAGGCAUUCGAAAACGCUGGCGAGACAUGGUCUUCCGUCGCUGGAUCGAACACUGGAGUUUUUGUCGGGAACUUCGCGCUGGACCAUUGGGUAAUCCAGACGCGUGAUUGGGAUUAUCCCAAGCCAUAUUCAACAACAGGGGCGGCCGUGAAUAUGUUGGCAAAUCGAAUCAGCCAUAUCUUUGAUCUACAAGGACCGAGCGUUUCCGUUGACACGGCUUGUUCUUCAUCCAUGUCCGCCGUGCAUUUAGCUGUCAGCGCGAUCCGUAACGGAGAUUGUGACUCGGCUAUCGUAGCAGCGGCGAAUUGGAUCGCGGAUCCUAGUCUACACAUCGCACUCGAUAAACUAGGGGCUCUCUCUCCUACCUCAAGGUGCCACACGUUCGACGCAUCUGCUGACGGAUACGCUCGUGGCGAAGGCUUCGCGGCAUUGUAUCUUAGACGGCUAUCGGUGGCAGUUACAAGCCAGUCACCUAUCCGCGCUGUGAUCAGGGGCACUGCCGUUAACGCAAACGGUCGCACCGGCGGAAUCACGCGCCCUAGUGCUGCUGGUCAGGAGGCUGUUAUUCGUAAAGCAUACGACAAUGCCGGGCUCCCGUUCUCGGAUACCACGUAUAUUGAGUGUCACGGUACGGGCACCCAAGCAGGAGAUCCGAUUGAGUUGGCGGCCGUAAGCCAGGUCUUUUCGUCUGACAGGACUCCAGAGGCAGAUAGUUCCGGGCCUCUAUUCGUCGGCUCUGUCAAAACUAAUAUGGGCCACGCCGAAGGGGCAAGUGCUCUAGCAGCCAUCAUGAAGAUUGUGCUCUCUUUAGAAGCAGGCGAGAUCCCUCCAAACGUUGGUGUUAAAGUACGAAAUCCAAAUAUUGAUUUUACCCAGGCUAGAAUACAAGUUGUCAAAGAGGUUAUAGCUUGGCCUGAACAUAGACUUCGUAGGGCUAGCAUUAACUCGUUUGGGUUUGGAGGUGCCAACGGCCACUGCAUUAUCGACCAUGCCAGUGUCCUCUCUCUCGACCGCGUAAGAUCUAGUCUUCGUGCGAGCUUGAAUUCUAAGCUCAACGGAAAUGAGGAACAGAACCGGGAAGAGCAAACACAUCACCAUCGUCCUAUCAUCAACGCACCGAACAUGACAAGAACUACCAACGCGACAACUCGGCAACUCGUGCUACUCCCCUUCUCCGCACAUAGCACGUCUUCUCUUCAGCUUAAUAUAGACGCUCUUUCACUUGAUAUAUAUCAACACCAACUUGCAGAUGUGGCUUAUACACUCAGCGCCAAGCGUUCCAACUUGCCAUAUAGGGCUUUCCGCGUCGUGAACAGGGACAAUCCCGUGCUGGGUCUACUCAGCGUGGAAAGCAAGCCAGGUAUCCAUGCAAGCUCAACCCACCAGCAAGAUCGACAACCAGCAAACGUAGCCUUUGUGUUUACCGGUCAAGGCGCCCAAUGGCACGAAAUGGGUCUGCAACUUUUCGAGUACCGCGUAUUCCGCACCGCCAUCGAGCGUCUCGAUUAUAUUCUAAAGUCACUACCGAUACCUCCGUCUACGUGGUCAAUCACCGACGUCCUCAAGGGCAACUGUGACCAUGGAAUUAUACAGACGCCAGCGGUAUCCCAGACCGUCUGCACAGCAAUUCAGAUCGGGCUAGUUGACCUACUCGCCUCGUGGUCUAUCCGCCCCGUCGCCGUAGUUGGCCACUCGUCGGGCGAGAUAGCCGCAUCAUAUGCUUCAGGACACGCUACGGCUGCAGAAGCGAUCGUAGCGGCGUAUCUACGUGGCCAGGUUAUCGUGAAUGAUAAGCAGGAAGGGGCAAUGCUGGCCGUGGGUCUCGGGCCGGAUCAGCUUCAGGAUUCGGGAUACCUACACGGUGAAGAUCCUAGAAAUGGUCGAAUGCAGAUUGCCGCCGUCAAUUCCCCUGGCAGCGUCACCGUGUCCGGGGAUGCGCCGGCUGUCGAGGCGCUUGCUGCCCGCUUGAGCGUCGACGGGAUCUUCAACCGUUUAUUGAGAACGGGAGGCAUCGCGUAUCAUUCGCAUCACAUGAUUGCGCUGGGUCAGGAGUAUGAAGAUAUGCUUCUGCAUGGACUCCAGCAUAUAAGGCAGUCCGGGUUAGUUGACGAGCAGAACCGGUAUCCUCGUGUUCCGUGGAUGUCGUCUGUUACCCCUGACAAAAAUCCACCAUCCAGUGUCGCCGGUAGCGCCGCGUACUGGAGAGCCAACCUCGAGUCCCCAGUUCGCUUUUCCGAUGCCGUCUCAGAUCUGAUCAGGCGGGACGCCAAUUGUGCGCCUAGCCAUGAUCCCAUUAAAGUGCUGGUUGAGAUUGGACCCCAUUCCGCAUUGAAGGGGCUACUAGAGCAGAUCUUGAAAAGUACGGGCCAGACCCAGAUCACGUAUGCCGGCUCUACUUUGAAGAGAGGCGAAGACGCCCGCAAAUCGAUCAUGCAGCUCGGUGGGACACUUUAUUGUCUCGAUGCUAGGGUCAACCUCGUUGCUCUUAACGCGGUCGACAACGACGAUGACCGUUUAUAUGGAGAAGAGUUAGAUGAUAGAUGUGCUCUCGUUCAUGGAUGUACCGCUGUUGAUCUCCCGCCAUAUAAAUAUACAUAUGGGCCAAUAAACUACUAUGAAUGCCGCUCAAGCAAAGAAUAUCGUCUCCGGAAAGUCCCACGACACGACCUACUCGGUUCCAAGGUCCCCGGUGUUGCGAAGUUAAGACCUCAGUGGCGAAACAUACUGCGCGUGAAAGACCUGCCUUGGCUAGGUGACCAUCGAUUAUUACCAGAUGCGGUUUUCCCUCCUGCAGGGUACAUUGCCAUGGCCAUAGAAGCCGCACUGCGCACUUAUGAGGAGUAUCCCCAGCCAUGUCCCAAGCCGACAGGAUACGUGCUACGCAACGUGUCCAUCAACACGGCCCUAAGGAUACCGGAAGAUGACAAUGGCAUUGAAGUCAUCCUAAGCAUGGAGCUUGACGCUGCUCCGACGACAUCGACUUCGUGGGCGCAUUUCUCCAUUAUCUCUGCUGGACGGGCCGAUGUUGAUUCCACUGAUAGCACAUGGACUGAGCACUGUACCGGGAUGGUCAAGAUAGAAAUCGGAACCUUGUAUGACACGGCCGAGAAGAUCGAUACAUCAUUCAUGGAUGCCCGCCUAAUCGAUGCACGAUCGUGGUAUAAGACGUUUGCAACUACCGGGCUUGGAUACGGCCCUACGUUCCGGGCAAUCACCAACAUUCGCGCUGAUCCAGACAAGAAGCUCGCCUCCGCCACGGUAGCACUCAACACUACGGAAGGUAUAGUCCGGGGAGGCGAGUCACGAUAUGCGAUUCACCCGGCAGCUCUUGACGCUACUUUCCAGCUCGGGCUUAUUUCCUGCCACGGAGGCCGUGUCGAAACUGCCACAACUGCUUUCGUGCCGGUUCAUUUUUCCCGACUAUAUAUCAAGAACGGCAUCGACGAUGAAUGCCGCGACACUGCCGAGGCCGUUGCACUAGGUGAAUUCCGCGGCCUCAGGGGCGCUUAUAUAAACCAGUUACAAAUUCUAAGUCAAAACGGCGACGUGGUUCUUGAUAUCGAAAAGCUCCGGUGUAUCAGCUAUAUCGGCGAGGCACAGAUCAGCGAUCAGACUAAGAGUGGUGUGCAGCCGGCAUUCAGUGCCCCCUUUGCACGGAUGGUGUGGAAGCCCGAUUUUCGCUCCCUGAACUACCAGUCGUGCGGUACACUAUUCCCUCCGCCUAGAGAAAAUGUAGAUCGUCUUGUUUCUAUAGAGAAGUUGAAUAGGAUGGCCUGCUUUAUCCUCGCGGACGUGUAUGAAACAUUCACGAAAGGUAAUGAUGAGACCAGGCCAUCCCCUACACCAUCGGGGACUGUAGGGCACUUUUUUGCGUGGAUCAAGCGGUGCAUUGAGAAGGCUGAAAUCUCCGAGAUAGCCAGAGCUAAACAACUGCCCCCCCUGGAGCGGCAUGAAAUAAUUAACCAGCUCUAUCGUGAAACCAAGGAGGCCCCCGAGGCCCAGAUAGCCAAACGCUUACAUGAGAAUAUGGCCGAUGUUCUCUUUGAGCGUCACACUGGUAUCGACAUCAUAGUCCACGGCAACGAUAAUAUCAACCUUCUAUCGGAGCUAUACCAGCGCGGCAUCUUCAUGACAAGCGCAUACCCGCAGCUCUCGCGAAUCUUGGAUAGUCUAGCCCACGCGAACCCACACCUACGUAUUUUGGAGCUUGGUGCUGGGACCGGCGGCGCUACGCGUGUUGCUAUGAAGACGCUCACGGGACCUAACAGUAUUAAGCGCUACCGCGAAUACAUCUUCACCGACAUCUCGCCUGGUUUUCUAGCUGCAGCGCAGGCAUCUCUGGCCGAAUUCCACGAUGUUGGUUACUCUGUCCUGGAUAUAGAGGCGGAUCCCGCAGCGCAGGGCUACCUGCCGGUAUAUGACGUCGUAUUGGCCUCGCAGAUUUUGCAUGCGACGACCAGCAUCUCGGAAACGCUCAAGAAUUGCCGGAAACUUCUCAAGCCGGGAGGGAAGCUUAUAUUGGUGGAAACCACCACAACGGACAGCGUAAUCAUUGGGCUCCUCCUAGGGACAUUGACUGGGUAUUGGCACGGGAUACCUGGCGGGAGGCUAAACGGCCCAUUUGUAAACCUGGAAACGUGGGAUCAAGUCCUGAAAGGGGUGGGCUUUUCUGGUACUGAACUGGUGUUAGAUGACUACCCUCCGCCGAAUAAUGUCAUCACUACCCUAGUCUCAACGCUUAUGGGAGGCGAUAGCGCACAGCAAAAGAAUAAGAAAACAAACGGAGUCUUGGCAGGUGUCGAAGUUCAACUUCUCCACAGCCUUGAACAUAACCCGCCGCUUCUUGAUAGACUCCAGCAUGAGUUAGAACAACGUGGUAUAUCACCCCGAACCGCGUCGCUCGACCAAGCGUCCGAGAUAGUAUCCCCAGACGCCUACGUAGUGGCCUUCCUAGACGGCGAGAAGGACUUUCUUCUCGAUACCGAAGUGCAUCACCUUGCCACGUUUCAACAUCUCGCGCGUAAUGCAGCGACCUUGAUCUGCCUAACGUUCUGUGGGUUUUCAAGAGGUCGAAACCCCGAAGGGGCGUUGAUCCCCGGGCUAUUACGAACGAUCGGGACGGAGAACCCUGCGAAUCGAUUUAUCUCAAUCGAUAUUUCUGUCGAGGAUUCCGAUCUUGCCACGUACGACUCUGAAGAUCUCACUCGCUGCGUGGUGGACCAACUUUUCCCGCCACCUAGCGAACUUAAAGAUAGCGAGGAGAGCGAGGGUCUUGGAAUGAAUGACUGCGAGUACGUCUGGCAAGACGGCUGUCUCUGGGUCAGCCGGGCUGUGCCUGACGACACUUUUCGGCCAUACGCAGAAACAUCACCCGACGAGAGCGGAGGCCAACAUAACGAGACUUUGUCGUUGCAGCCGCUCGAUAGUCAAGGUCCCAUCCGCGCAGCAUUCUCUAAGCCCGGCCUGCUCAGCUCUUUGUACUUUCGGCCCUACAAAGAACUGUUAUCACCGAUACAAUCGAAUUACAUGGACGUCAAAGUUGCCGCGGUAGGUCUUAACUGGAAGGACCUCGCCGUCUCGUCCGGUCGUUUCGACGCCGAAAAUCUGUCAUCCGAAUAUGCCGGCAUCGUGACAGCCGUGGGUACCGACGCGGCUAGCUUGUUUUGCGUCGGCGACCGCGUGUACGGCAUGGGCUGCGGCCACUUCGGGAACUACACCCGCGUCCCGGCCGCGUUUGCGCAAAAGUUAAGCGUUCAAGAUAACCUCGUCGAAGCUGCGACUAUGCCCUUGGUGUACAUGACAGCUGUCUACGCGCUUGAACACGUUGCCCGCUUGCGGCAAGGACACAAAGUCCUUAUUCAGUCCGCCACUGGCGGACUCGGGCUCGCAGCUAUCCAGCUCGCGCGGGCGAAGGGUGCCGAGGUCUUUGCUAUGGUGGGCACGGCCGAGAAGGCGGAUUUCUUAAUCCGAGAGAUGAAAUUUCCAGAAUCACACGUCAUUGCAAUCUCAUCAGGGGACGGCGCGUCUGCUAUAGACAAAAAGCUCGCUCGUAUGACAUCUCGCGGCCGUGGCUUCGACAUAAUACUUAGUACGGCUCGAGGAGAUAUAUUGCAUGCGUCCAUUCAAGCACUGGCACCGCUAGGUCACCUAGUUGACGUGGGACGUACCGACGUACAGGAAUCCAAGGCUUUGAGGAUGGAGCUUUUCGGCAAGAGUGCUAAUUUCUCCUCGUUUGACCUCUCACUUGUUCUCGACGCUGACCCCGCGCUCGGCAAGCAGUUAAUGCAAGCCGUUCAUAAAUAUUAUCGGGGUGGGCUUAUUGGGCCCGUUCGCCCAUUCUCAGCCACUGACGUAUCUAAACUUGACCAGGUCUUGUUAAGGUUCUCUAAGGGUACGCAUAUCGGUAAGCUGGUGGUGACCUUUCAGGACCCACAGACACUGGUUAAGAUGCUCCCAAUACCGUCCCAGGAGCGUGUCCGGUUCGAUCUUGCGGCAUAUUACAUCGUAGCGGGAGGACUUGGUGCUCUCGGGAGGUCUAUUAUUAGGUGGAUGUGCCAACGCGGAGCUCGCAACCUAGUAGUCUUAUCUAGACGUGGAAUAGAGGAAACGUCCCCUGCAGCGCAAAACCUCGUAAACACGCUCGGUGAGCAGGGCAUCAAUAUUCAACCCUUAACAUGCGAUAUCAGCGAUCGGUCUCAAGUAAUACGCCUCAUAGAGAAUAUCUCAUCAGUCUCCCCAAAUACUCCCGUCAAAGGUAUUAUUAACGCCGCUGUCUCCUACCUCGACCUCUCCUUCGACAAACUGACCGUCCAGCGAUGGCGCGACGGCCUAGCCGCUAAGGUCCAGGGGAGCAAGAAUCUACAUGAGGCAACCUUGUCUCUCCCCCAUGGACAGCUAGACUUCUUCGUCAUGGUUACCUCGCUUGAUUCUAUCUACGCAGUAGCUACGCAGAGCGCAUACACUGCCGCCAACGUAUUUCAGGAUUCAUUUGCGAGGUAUCGCCGACGGCUCGGCAUGCCUGCAACUAGCAUAUCAUUAGGAUUUGUCAAGGGUAUUGGCGAGCAUGGUCAGCGCUCGAUCACAGUAGAUAUGUUUGCGCGAAACAAGGCGCCGAUACUCUCAGAGGGAGAGUUCCUUGCCCAGCUGGAAUCGGCGUUCCUUAACGACGGCCUGACCAUCAACAAUGGCAACGGCUAUGGCUAUGGCGACAACUGGGUUGGCCAAGCCGAGGAUCCCCUUUCUACUUCCAACAUUCUCACUUGUCUAGACCCAGCUGCAAUGGCGGCUACGGAACGUGAUGAGGAGGACGAAGCACGCAAUGCGAGCCCGGCCCGGCCGUCGAGGAACGCCAUACCUCGCUGGUACAACGACGGUCGCGUCUCGCUUAUUAUGCGCGCUUUCGAGGACGCGCGACGAAACCAACGCACAAGUAGCUCUUUGGACGCCGGGGCGGCAGCAGCGCAGGGAGGCGACGACAACGCCGGUAAGUCAUCUAUCAGUCGCAUCCGCCGACAAUUCGAUACAUACAUUACCGCAGAGGCCCCGGAGCGUUCCAAAACAGUUGGCUUUGUCACAGACGCCAUAUCGACGGCGGUAGCUGAGAUGCUCUUCGUAGACGUCUCGAACGUCAAUCCGGGGCGGUCCGUGGCUAACCACGGCGUCGACAGCCUGAUCGCGGCGGAGCUGCGAAACUGGUUCCACCAGGCGCUAGGGGCGAAGAUAAAUAUGCAGGAGCUGCUAGAUGCGAGUUCGAGUAUUGCGGCGCUAGCGGGUAGGAUUGUAGAUGCGGCGUUAACUAAGAGGCAAGAUGUGCAAGAGGAUAAGUGAGGAAUACAUAUAGAUAGGACUGAUAGCUAAAGAGAAGGCAUUUUCUCAGGU